AUGUUCGCGGCCUUUGAGAGUGAAAAAGCCCAACCCCAACCAAAAUUAGAUCGUGCGUACGACGAUGAUGUGGUCGAGUCCUCGGCGGAGGAAUCCUCUUAUCCACCCAGCCCUCUGCUCCACAAACCCUACAUCCCCGACGAGCUAGCUCAUAGGCCGGACAUACGUGCCGCCUACAAGCACGCCGAAGCCGAAUACCGAGCAGGCAAAUCUUGUCGGUUUGUCUUCACCUUGGAUCGCUACUCUCCCCGUUCGUGCCUGUCCAACGACCGAAGCCUUCUUCAUAUCCGCGAGCCUGCAAAGGAUGCCGUGCUUUUUGCCGCCAACUCUGUCGUCACCCUCUCGUCCUAUCUUGACGAUGAGCCGCUGAAUAGGUGUUCUGGUUUGUGGAUUCAAUGGGACGACAAGAAGAAUACCGCCGUGGUUUUGACGUCUGCGCAUCUCAUUUGCGCAAAGGAAUACGAUGAGUGGAAGAAUGAGUGGACGGGUGAAUAUCAUCGCGAGGCUGAGGUCAUUGUUCGCUUGUUGGACGACACAACUGCAGAAGCCAGUCUCCUCUACCUACAGGAGCAUUAUGAAUUUGCUCUUUAUGAGGUUGUAGUGGACAAACCGGUUCAGCUAUCCACUUUUAACGACAAUGUAAACUCUGGUCAAGACGUUUUCCGACUUGGAAGAGAUGAAAAUCUUGAUCUAAGGAUAACCCAUGGUAGGGUGAAAUAUAGGAUUCCAAUCCAUCAUGAGAGAUGUCACUACAUGUAUUUUUCCAACGAUGAACAUAGAUUCCGUGACGAUGGAGGCCCCGACAUUGACUUAGAAGGGAAGGUUGUGGGAAUUGUUAACAAUCAAAUCAAUGAGACCUUUUUACCCUCUUCUAUAUUGCGUAAGUGCUUGAAUUCAUGGAGAAAGUUGAAGUGUGUCCCUCGUGCCCACCUUGGAAUGACCUUUACUUCCAUCAAGCUUCUAGAUCCUAUUUGUAUUGAGAGGAUAAGGUGUAAGCAUAACAUUGCAUCCGGUAUUAUUGUUGAACAGGUGUCAAAAGAAUCGAAUGUUGAGAAACUUGGAAUCCGCAAGGGUGAUAUUAUUGAACGUUUCAAUGGAGAGUAUAUUUCUAGUACAACCGAGUUGGAAAAGAUGUUGCUGGAUAUAGGCGGGGACCAAUUUGAUCAAGCAAAAGUCUUAAAUGCUGAAAUAGGUGUUCGAAUUCAAAUAUUUCGUGCCACGAAACUUUGCCGAAGAGUUAGAAACUUGACCGUAAUUGUAUCGGAUUGUGGAGAGAAUAUCAUAGAAGGCACUUACCCUAUCACUGAUGGCCUUUGGAAAUGA